CCUAACCACGUCGGCCCGCAACUUCUCCGGUUCACUCCAAAAGUAUCGUCGUCUCUUACACGCUCGUUGAAGGGGCGAUCGGAUUACCUGUGGCCGUUUUACUUCCCAGCUCAAGAAGAGAGGAGAGCGGAAGAAGGAGCAGCAGUUGACGGCUUCGGCGAGUGGUGGCGAUGACGUUGGAUGAUGAUAAAUCCAUCUACGUAGGGGGUCUCCCUUACGACUGCACCCAGGAGGACCUCCGCCGUGCGUUCGAUCUCUACGGCGCCAUCGUCGACGUCAAGAUAAUAAAUGAUCGACAAGUUGGAGGGAAAUGCUAUGGGUUUGUCACAUUUAGAAACCCUAGAUCAGCUGUUGAUGCUAUUAUGGACAUGAAUGGCAGGAAAAUUGGAGGAAGAGCCGUAAGAGUUAAUGAAGUUCAUACAAGAGGUGGGAGGCCAAAUUUUCAACGUGAAAAUUUUCAUCGAAAUGCUGAUAGAGAUGAUGAUUGGGAGAGGGGCAGGGAAAGAGAAAGGGAUCAUAUACAGGACAGAGACCACUAUCUAGAUCGGAGCAAUGAGCGGUUUCGAGAUCGUGAUAGGCAAAGAGAAAGAGAAACAGAUUUUGAGCGUGGACAUGACUUUGAUCGAGCAAGAGCACAUUCUUUGGAUCGAGAUCGAGAUCGAGAAGAUGAUGAUCAUGAACGUGCAUGGGAGCGUAAUCGAGAUCGGGAAGCGGACCGUGAUAUGGACUGGAACGGUGAUAGAGAUCUGGAGAAAAAUAAAGAUCAUGACAUAGACAAAGAACUAGAUAAGGAGCAACUGCCAAGACAGCGACAUGGCGGUGCUGGUUUCAGUGAUCGCCAAAGCAGAGACUUAUCAUCAAAUUCUAGCGAUGAUUAUCGCGGCCAGGUGAAAGAGCAGUUGGAGCUAUCCAUUCAGAGACGCGAGGAGCUUCAAAAGGAGCUUACUAUAGUCGGGGAGAAGGUUGAAGAGAAACAACAGCUUGUUUCAGAUCUACAAAAGAAAUCUCAGAAACUAGAGGAUGCACUGGCGGCUGCCAAGAAGCUUACUUCUCAGCGGCACUCAAUGCUGAUGCAGCUGCGUGCUUGUUUUAUUCGAGCCCAGGACUUUGCUGAAAGGCUCAAAAGCUCUGAGCAGGAACUCCAGUCUCUUGCCGAUGCGGCGAUGUUUGAAGUUGAUAUGGGUGAGGAUCCUGGUGCAAGAGAUGGACCGUCUUAUGCUAAUGGACAGAUAAUUGGCGGAAAGAUGCUGGAAAGAUAAGGUUCUUUUACCACAUCAGCAUCGAGAAGAUAUUUGAUAUUAUCAGAAGGGUGGGUUUUUGCCUCUCUGUGUGCCACUUAGUUUAUAUAAAACAUUUCUCAAAGUAUCAGUAUUUUUAUUUUCUUAUAUCUUCCAUGGGUUAGGAUCCAGAUUUCUUAUCUGCCAUGUAGCUGAUGUAAGAAAAUUUGAGCCUCUCCUGCCCUGGCCAUUUCCCAAGUCUUGUAAGUUGGUGAUUGGCUUUGAUAACCAGCAUUUAUUGUGAUGUCUGUCUUCUAUGAGUAAAUUUGUGGGACGUAAUUAUGAAGGUGCUAUUUUUGAAGGUGUUCUUCGUGAA